CAGCUCCUCCCCCUGGGAGGCUAGAGCAGGGAUGGUGAAGAGGCCAGACAGAAAGACAGCCCACAAGGAGCCUGCCUGCGCAGGUCUGGCCUCCGUCAAGCCCUAGCUGCAGCCAGCUAGUGCAGGAGCCAGGAAGACCAGGAGCAAAGCAAAAGCAGCAGCUUUCCUCGUAACAUCUGCCUGCUUUCCCCAGGAGAGGUAAGUAGAACACAGGGACCGGGAGCUGAGGGUGUGAUGAGAAGAUAGCUGGAUUGACCUGUAUUGAUAACUGAAGGCUUUCGGCUUUGAACGUCCUUCCACAACAUUGCCUUCCAUCUGCCACAACCCCAAGGUACCCAGACAUGCUACAAGAAAAACCAAGUUCAGAGAUGUAGUGAGGUACCCAGCAUUACAUAGCAAGUUUGGGGCCAUGGGGACUGAAAUGUAGGGCUCCUGGCUCUAUAUAUGGUUCCAAAAAUAAGUCUGUGGUUACAUUUAGAGGAUUUCAGUGUCUCUGGUUUAGUAAGCGAAAGUGUGAGGUCAAACCAGAAUAUCCUUCUGCUCCCAAACAGCAGGUACAUGCACAGGACACAGCUCACUGCUGUAGCUGCAUUCGCCACAAAUACAGGGACACCUCUCCCCAUGCUUUUGUUUUGUACAGUAAGCCAUACUUUGCCAAUAAUCUGCCAAACAAAUGAUUUCUCAAUUUGCUCAAACCAGGCACUUCAGUUGGGAGAAUGUUAGGGGCAAGGCCUUAAGGGCCAGAGUAAACAAGCUUUCCUGCCCAGCCUAGGCUGCCACCUGCAGGCCAUCUGGGUCCAGCCAUGUGGCUGCCUCUGCUGCUGGGUGCCUUGCUCUGGGCAGUGCUGUGGUUGCUCAGAGACCGGCAGAGACUGCCCACCAGCAGUCCCUUCGUCUUUAUCACCGGCUGUGACUCGGGCUUCGGGCGCCUUCUGGCACUGCGGCUGGACCAGAGGGGCUUCCGAGUCCUGGCCAGCUGCCUGACCCCAUCUGGGGCAAAGGAACUACAGCAGAUGGCCUCCUCCCGCCUCCACACUAUCCUGCUGGACAUCACCGAUCCCCAGAGUGUCCAGCAGGCAGCCAAGUGGGUGGAGACACAUGUUCAGGGAGCAGGGCUUUUUGGCCUGGUGAAUAAUGCUGGUGUGGCGGGCAUCAUCGGACCCACACCCUGGCUGACAUGGGAAGACUUCCACCAGGUGCUGAAUGUGAAUACCUUGGGUCCCAUCAGGGUCACCCUUGCCCUGCUGCCCCUGCUACAGCAAGCCCAGGGCCGAGUGGUCAACAUCACCAGCGUCCUGGGUCGCCUCGCAGCCAAUGGCGGGGGCUACUGUGUCUCCAAGUUUGGCCUGGAGGCCUUCUCGGACAGUCUGAGGCGAGACGUGGCUUCUUUUGGGGUACGAGUCUCCAUCGUGGAGCCUGGCUUCUUCCAAACCCCUGUGACCAACCUGGAGAGUUUGGAGAGCACCCUGCAGGCCUGCUGGGCACGGCUACCUCCAGCCUUGCAGGCCCACUACGGGGACGCCUUCCUCCCCGCAUGCCUGCCUUUCCCAGAGGCACACACAGCGAAGUGAAGUACCAGAGGACAGGAACAAGAGGAAAAGAAAGGGGUCAUAGCGCGCUGAGACAACUGAAACCAUCGCUCUUUUUGGUCUGAAAAAAUAAUCCGUUUAAUUGAAAAACCCAGGGGAUACUACUCUACUCCCCAAGUUGAGGGGCUAAUAAGACCAGACCCCCUACAUCACUUCAUAGCCACUUCGGAUACUCUUCACAAGGCAGCAGGCAAAGACAAUUCCCAGGACCUAGAACGGAAGACAGACAAGGAGGGUGGAAAGGAAUCCCAGACACACCCAGGCGUCCCCAGGCCAGUACCUCUUGUUCACCACCCUGCUCCCCACAGCCCCUGCUCCCCAUAAGCCCCAACUUAGUCCUAGCCCUUCCCAGGGCAUCUCUCACCUCAACAAAAGCAAUGCCCAGGGCUGCUGCAGCCACCAACAGCACAUUUUUUCUCAGCCAAUUCCCAAUCUUCUCCACGCAGCCCUGAAGGGAGGCAGGCAAACUUUGCAAGAGCACCAUCAGAAACCUACCACCUCCUCUGGUCUACCUGGUCUCUUCCCCACCCUCUGUCCCAAAACUGCACCCCAGCAUCCUCAGAUCCCCUCCUCAUUCCUGACCCUGUUUACUACCACCCCAUGUCUCCUAAAUCAUCCCCCAGGUUUCUCAGGUCCUGUGCUAUCUCAAUCUUUUUCCUACCUCAGUGUGGACAGGAUGCUUCUUGAUGUCCCUGCCACAGUCCUUGGUGGUGUUGACACAACAGGAGUCAGGAACUCGGCCCCUGUCCAUGCCAGGAAUGUUCUCCCA